AUGGAGUCGGAGCUGCGGUUGAGCGAGGCACGAAGAACAGAAAAGGAGGGGCGACGGCUGAGCGAGAUAUUUCGAGGAUUAGCUUAUAUCCAUACUGUCCCUGGAGUUUGUCAUAGAGAUGUGAAGCCACAAAAUCUCUUGGUAGAUCCUCUUACUCACCAAGUGAAGCUGUGUGAUUUUGGAAGUGCCAAAAUUCUGGUAUAUUUACUACAUUCAUUUGCUUGCAAAAUCUUAUGUCUUCUACUUCUACUUAUAGUUGUAUCAUACUUUUCUCUUUUACUGUUGAAAUUAUAUCUUCCUUUUGACAGAGUUGCUAGUGAUUUUGAUUUUACUAUUGAAUUGCCAUAUCAAGUUAAGGGAGCAGCCAACAUAUCAUACAUAUGCUCUCGCUAUUAUCGUGCACCUGAACUCAUAUUUGGUGCAACUGAAUACACCACAUCAAUUGAUAUAUGGUCAGCAGGAUGUGUUCUUGCUGAGUUGCUUCUUGGUCAGUUAACAUCUCUGUCACAGGUGGUCCUCUUCACAAAUCCAAGCUCAAUCCCAAACCGCGGCACAGCGCUCUUCUUCCUCUGCUGCUUCUUGUGCUUAUUUUCGGCAAAAUUAAGCUCCAAUUCGGACGACGGAUCCAGAGAGAUCACCAUCGAUACUGGUAUAAUCCCUUACCAGUGUUUUUUAAUUGAAGCACCAUCCACUAUCUUUUUGCAAUUCCAGCUAGGCCAUGGGAAAUAAUUUCAGAUCUGUGAUUAUUUGCUUAGAGACCUUGAGAAGAUAAGCUUGUUCAGAAUGUAUCUGUUAGCACAACAAAAUGUCAACACUCCUUGAUAGGUAUUUAUUAACUUCUUUAUUCAGAAACAGGAACUUAUACUGGGCCUCUUUAUUCAAACAGAGAGAAAAAAAAAGGAUUCUUAUCAAUAUGUUUUUGAAUAGGUUAGACUGCAAAUGUUUAUGUAGGGCAUGACAUGAGCUUCUUUUUGACAAAGUAGAAGAAACAUGAGACUCUUUAGUAGAUUUCUAUGACAUGAUUAUAAUGUGAAGGGUUUAUGCUUCGAAAACCUAGCUAGUCAGAACUGGUGAUGGAGUGAGGUAUGCCUGGCUCUAGACUUUAACCAAGGUAUCUUUAGAUAGUGAUUAUAUUACCUGGAGAGAUUAAAACCCCCAAUAUUAAUAAAAGAAGGUAAGUACCUCAGAGACUGUUUGUGAUGUCCAAACAUAGUAACGAUAGUUAGUGAAUACUGAACACAAUAGUAAUUUUUUGUCCUGUUUGUUCUCUUGUGCUCUUUCUUGCAUUCCUUCGAGGAAGGUAAAGCUUCUUCGUAAGAUUCUAU